UCCUUAAUUCCAUGGGCCAGGGCUGUUCUGGCUGGCUUGCCACCAACUAGGACAAGACGGAGGGGCUGCCUGGCUGGAGGCAUCCUGAGAUUCUCUAUCCCUGCCAGCCCAGGCCUGGGGCAAUCUGCAAGGCUGUCUCAGAAGAAGAGAAAAAGAGCUCAUGUUUUCAGGAGAAAGGCCAUGUCAGAGGGCACCCCUGCCGACCUGGGCACACUUUGGGGGUCAGGUCUGAUCUUCCGCAAUGAUGUCUGCCCCUGCCCUUGCUUGCCCCCCAGCCCAGGCCCACCCAGGCCCUGCUCUACCCUGAUGCCCAAAGCUCUUCCUAGAAGACACGAGGUAGAAGAAAUGAAUGCAUCUCUAGCAAGAAAGAGGGGUGUUAGAAGGAGAGGGGGGCUUCCUGGUGAUGAGAGGAGCCCCUCCCCGCGUGCUGAUGAGGGCCGGACUUGGGGGGCGGGGCGGGGCCUCUCCGCCCGCGUGGUCCGUCGCCUUGACGACCUGGACAAGAUGGCGACGCUGCAGGGCGGGCUUCUGGGGCCGGACCCCGGGGCGCUGAGCCCCGCGCAGCAGGAGCAGCUGCGCAACUUCAAGAUUCAGACUCGGAUUGCUAACGAAAAAUACCUGAGGACCCACAAAGAAGUGGAGUUGCUCAUAAGUGGUUUCUUCAGAGAAAUGUUUCUGAAACGACCAGACAACAUCCAAGAAUUUGCCGCAGACUAUUUCACGGAUCCAAGACUUCCCAACAAGAUUCACAUGCAGCUAAUUAAGGAGAAGAAAGCGGCUUAAUUAGCAGAAUCAUGAUGCUCAGCUGUUGAGAGGGAGACCAGAAAGAAUCCAGCCUCAGGGGUCACCUGGAAGCAAGGGAGCCCUGUUGCCGUCAGGGUGGGGUUCCGAGCUGCCUUGGGCCAUGUCCGCUGUUGCAAAGGCUUUUAAAGCUAUUCAUUAAAAGCAGACCUUUCCACUCUC